AUGACAGAAGUCCCCACUCAAACUUCUGGUCCUAGACGACCAUCGGGUGUCAUUUUGCGGAACAUCCGAUCGCGCAACGACAACGACUUGAAUCACCACGAAGCGCAUGAGCUCCAAGAGAUCCAAACACACGAGGACAAUGAGCUGUACUACUCAACGCCGUCUGCUUCAUCCGGCGAUGAAUAUCGCGUUGUAACGCGUCGCACCACAUCACGCGCUCUCGCAUCGCGUGCCGAGACGCGGCAACGCCGCCAGGCUCGGAAGGGGACUUGGGGGAAACUCACUCAGUUUUGGACGCAUAAUGUUACUCUAACUGUGCCACAUAAGAGCAGUCGAGAUUACUUCGCUUUGGAGAGAACGUUCCUCGCGUAUAUCCGCACCUCUGUCGUUGUCACCCAGCAAGGAGUGCUGAUUGCGCAGCUGUUCCGUCUGCAGGCGGCGGAGGCGUUGGCGGAUCGUCUUGGAUUUCGUAAGGUCGGUACACCCCUCUCGGUCGCGUGUUACUGUGUGGGUAUUCUCGUGGCUUUGGUUGGGGCGUAUCGAUUUUGGAGACAGCAGAAUGCUAUUGCUAGGGGGAAGAUUUAUGCUGGAGGCUGGGAAUUGAAUUCUGUUGGGAUAUUAUUGGGUUGUAUCACUCUGACAGUGUUGAUUGUGUCCACUGCUAUUAUGAUUGAGGUUGAUAUGGACGCGUCUAUGUUUGUUCGACAAAUAUUGGGCAGCUAUGUUGUUCUUGCACACUUCGUAGCAGAGCUAUGA